AGAGAAAAAAGCGGUGUGUCGGCGUUCGUGAACUUCCACGCUUGGAGUGGAGGGGGAUGUUUUUGGUGGGUUCCAGAAUGUCACACACACACGCAGAUCUUUAGAGAAUUCGGUCAGAGUGAAGCAGAUCCACACCGAAGGGGGUUUUCUUUUUUAGUUAAUUUGUUUGUUUGUUUUGUUUUUCUGUGUUUUGCGCGCUCGCGCCGGCUUAUCAUUUUGUUUCUUAUCAAGCACGAGACAUGAACGUAAACGAUGCCAAGGAGUAUCUCUCCAGGAGGGAAAUCCCCCAGCUGAUGGAGAGUUUGCUGACGGGACUGAUGUUCUACCGGCCGGACGAUCCCAUCGAGUACAUGGAGACAUGCCUGAAGAAGGUGCGAGAGCUCGGCGGGACCGAAAAAGUGAGGUGGGACACUUUCGUAGGACAGGAGAAGAAGUCCCUUCCACCACUCAACGGAGGCCAGUCGCGGCGGUCAUUCUUCCGCAACGUGUUACCCGACAGGUAUGAGCGUCUCCCACCCAUCCACCAGUUCUCCAUCGAGAGCGACUCGGACUUGUCAGAAACAGCAGAGCUGAUUGAAGAGUACGAAGUGUUCGACCCGUCCCAACCACGGCCCAAAGUCAUCCUUAUUAUCGGUGGCCCGGGCAGCGGUAAAGGCACUCAGAGUUUGAAGAUCGCAGAACACUACGGCUUUGAGUACGUCUCUGUAGGUGAACUGCUGCGAAAGAAGAUGAUCCAUAAUGCAACCAGCAACAGGAAGUGGAGUCUGAUCGCCCGGAUCAUUACUAAUGGCGAAUUGGCGCCUCAGGAGACGACCAUCACCGAGAUCAAGCAGAAGAUCAUGAAGCUUCCAGACGCCAGCGGAAUCGUCAUUGACGGCUUUCCUCGGGACGUGGCGCAGGCGCUUUCUUUUGAAGACCAGAUUUGUACCCCGGACCUGGUGGUGUUUCUGGCAUGUUCUAACCAGCGUUUAAAGGAGCGCUUGGAGAAACGAGCAGAGCAGCAGGGGCGCCCAGACGAUAACCCUAAAGCCACAGAGCGACGCCUCUCCAACUUCAAGCAGAACACCGUGCCACUGGUUAAGUACUUCCAGGAGAAAGGCCUGAUUGUCACGCUGGACGCAGAUCGAGACGAGGAGGAAGUCUUCUCAGACAUCAGCAUGAUGGUGGACAACAAGCUUUUUCCCACUAAAGAACCUGUAGCAGGUCCGAGCGAGCUUGAUCUGAGUGUGUUGGCGGACAGCACCAUCCUCGCCGACGCCCCCUCCAGGUUCGACGAGCAGGCCAUCGAGGAGGAAGAGGAAGAAGAGAAGGCGGAGGCUGCGGUGUACCGAGAACCCAUGGCACAACGUUUGCCCGUGGAGAAGAGGAAACCAAAGGUCAUCUUUGUGAUCGGCGGCCCCGGCUCAGGCAAAGCCCUGCAGUGUGAGAAGAUGGAAGAGCAUUACGGUUUGAGGCGCCUCUGUCCUGGAGACAUGCUGUGCAACGAGCUGCAGUCCCACAGCGAGCGAGGACGCUUCCUCAGAGACCUGCUCGAAAGGGGACGACAACUUCCCGAGGAGACACUGCUGGAGCUGCUGUGUGAGUCAAUGCAGUCUGCAGUGAGAAAGGGAAAAGGAUUCCUGGUUAGCGGCUUCCCGAGGGAUCCGAGACAAGCGCAGGAAUAUGAGGUUAAGAUGGGCCAUCCCAGCGCUGUCCUACUACUCGACUGCUCAGCAGCCACCAUGACCAGACGUCUCCAGCAGAGGGCGCUGUCCAGCCUGCGUCCCACAGACGCCCGCCACAGAGAGGUGCGUCUCCGCAUCGAGGGAUUCUGCGGGACCGUGACGCCACUCGUCACUCACUACGACGCGCUCGGGCUCCUGCGCAAGAUUGAUGCAGAACAGCCACCUGACGACGUGUUUGAGCGAAUCUGCCUGGUCCUGGACUCCUGCUAAACACCACACGCAGCUCUGCUACACUGCACUUAUACAUCACCAUCAUCACCUUCAUCCUCAAGCUAUGACUUAAGACUCGGCCUUUCAGUCUGCUGUACACAGCGUUCAGGUUCCAUGCAAACGCUAGCUCUCGGUAUGAAGUCGCUUAGCUCCACCUACUUGGAGUUUUGGGGGUGGGAGGCGUCGCCUUGUGUAUUCUGGCAAACUCCGCCCCUAUAUUCAUUGGCUGGGAUUAGGAUACUUGGGGAAAAACUGCGAGCCAAUCAAAAUGCAGGUUUUUUUUUUUUUCUUCUUCAAAUUCAUUCUGGAAUUGUCAACCCCCUCCCCCACCGAAAAUACUUUUCUUUGCAUUUCAUUAAAAUCUAUACUUACAGCACGAGCGUUACACAUCCUAACCAUCCGCAGAAAACUCUCUCUCUCUCUCUCAUAUCUCGUCCCAACUUCACUACCUGCUCUGUAAAGCAUGUCAGAAAACAAGCAGUCAUGAUCAAUUAAAAAAAAAAAACAGUUGCUUUCGUGUACAAACACCACAAUCAAAAAGCUUUGUAUUUGUAUUUACCAGUCUCCGGCGUCAGGCCCGAGAGAAUCCUGAAAUCCUGUUAUUGUAUUCCUUUGGAAAUGUUUGGAUGAAAUAAAUAAUUAUAUAUAUAAAAAUCA